AAUUUAACGUCACCUGUGCCUGCACAUUUUAAUUGACUUCCGCUCGUCAACCCGGAAGUUGCUUGUUGUUGUUUGUUUGGUCUUCUUCCGGGCUCUUUGUCGUAUCUAUGGCGACCAUUCCAAACAACUUCUCUUCCGGUCAAGUUCUCCUCAAAUUGGCGUGGUCAUGUCGGCCACUCCGGAGCACAACCACGACCCUUCCAACAAAGCCUUGACAGUGUUUAGCGGUUCCUCCCCGGAGGACGUGUCCCACGCCCGGCGGCUGUGGAGCUCACUGUGCAUGCCGAGCCCGCUCGAAUCUCGCCUGGUGUCGGCCGACAUCCCGCAGAGAUUGCCGGUUUCCCGGCCGGAGCGAAUCAUUCAACCGGAACCACCUCGCACCGACGUGCAUAACCUUUUCGCCGCACAGCAGAGGCAGGAGGAGCGGCAAAAGUACAUGGGCAUGGCCGCCCAGAGGAAGGAGACGCUGGCCCUGCUGCGGCGGCAGAGGGAGCAGAGAAUCCAAAAGGAGUUGCUCUCUGCGGCCUUCAAACCCAAAGCACCCAAAGAGAACAAAAUCCCUAAAAAGAAGUCGAGCGAGUUGAGUGUGGAGGAGGAGAUGGUCAGACAGCUGGACUGAACCACGAAAGUCUUGAUUGGAGUGGUAAAGCGCUUGCCGCCACUUGCAUCAUCGCCAUGGGAGCACCGGGACAGAGCUGAGAGCCCGCGGGAAACGCAACCAAAAAAAAAAAGGAGGAAGAAGAAAAAGUUGAGUCCACUCAAAAUUUGUUUUAGAGAUGAUGUGUCACUUCACUUGAAAGACUUAACUGAUGACUACUUUUCAUGGGAGACCUCCACACACAGCAAAACUGAUUGACAGAAUGGAAGUGCUUUUUAACUCGCUCGCUCCUGGGAGGGCUUCAGUGCCAUUAACAACGAUAGACGUCUAAUCCAUCUCAACUGUGAGGGGCUAAACUACCAACGGUGCAUCAGAAAUCCUUCCCUUGUGUUGCCUUAUUCUUCCAAAAUGGAUUGCUCAAUGGCCUCAAAAAAUCUGCACAAAAUAUCCAAUUAAGAAAAAAUAAAAGUUUAUUUAUUUAUUAAAAAUAAAAACAAGGCAAAAUUAUCUUUCCCAGUCCAAAUGAUUGAAUGUCUAUCGCUGUUAAUGGCAGCAUAUGGUUUAAAAGAGAACAUUUCAUGUCUAUAUUAUGUCAAAUAAAAUAAUUUUCUAAUGUUUGUAGAGGAUUGCCAUUCAAAAAAAGUGACAACAUGCAGGCUUUCAAAGUUGUUUGGAGAUUAAUAAAGCCUGCCGAAAUCUCUGAGCCAAUUUAAUCCCGCCUGUUUACAAUCUGCCAGCGUUAUGUAACCCACUAAAACUCA